CAAAUCCCAAGGAUACACAAAAAUGAGGGCAAUUUCAUUCGUUUCUUUGUUAUGCCUUUUUAUGGGUGUUUUUUGCAGCUCAUGGAAUACUAAGGAUGGUGUUCUCAAGCUUCUCAGCCCUACCAAAUCCUUAAAGACAGGAUCCGAGAAAAGAUUUGAUGAAUUAAACACUUUUACUGAGAUAGACUCUUCUCUGGAGGAUACAUUGGUAGUACAAUUCACCUGUGCCAUUGAUGAUGAAGCUGCUGUCCCUCACCAAGCCCAUAUAGUAUUCAGUGACAAAAAGAAACCUAGUAUUUCGAUCGUUUACCCCGUGAAAGUGAAGGGAAAUGGAGAUGCAGUCUUAAAAUUGCCUUUGUCUGAGCUUCCUUCUGAGAUAGUCCAAAGUGAGGACGGACUUCUGAGCACUUUAAUGAUCGGUUCUUUCGGUGAUGCAUCUCCUUCCUCAAUUUCCUUAGGAUCUCUCGUCUUUGACUCAGGUUCCCUUCCUGCUUUUAAUGCUAAAACAUCGACCGAAGCAGUAACGUCUCCCCAACCUACCAUACUUCAUACAUUUGCUGCUCCACCAAAAGCCGCUAAUAAAUUCUUGAGCCUUUUGUUCUCGCUCGCUGUUGCUGCUGUUUUUGUUGUCCUUAUCGGCGUUUGGAUGCAGUUCUCUAGUAAGACAUCUGUAUAUUCUGUCUCUUCUUCUUCAUUAGGCCACUUUCUUUUCUUUAUCUCGCUCGCUACCGCUGAAGGUCUUUUGUUCUUUUACUGGACAUCAUUAACCAUUUUCCAAUUUAUAAGGUACAGUGUUUUUAUACUCAUUGCCUUUGUUAUCAGCGCAAAGCUCUUGUAAUAAUGAUGCUUGAAAAGAAUGACCUUUAGAUUUCUUUGUUUUUCAUGAGUUUAUUACGAAUCUGGUUAUCAGUCUGUUUGAAAUCCAAUGGAUAAGCAAUUCUAUUUAAUUUUGAACGUAAAUAAAUUUUGACCUGUUUUCAUUCCAUUGUACACUUGCUGUCCUUUUUGUAUCCAAAACGUAAAUUAACUCCAUUCUAUAUGGAUGUCUUUUGAUGUGAAAUUAAUGUCUAAAAAAGGCAUCUAUAGUGUUCCGCUUUCUUUUUAGAGGGAUUUCUUUCUUUUCAUUGUCGAUCACCUUCUUCACAGUUUCCGUAUUUAGGCAAAGAUCAAUGUGCUGGUUCACAACAGCCAAGUCAUCUUUUAAGUCUAUACGACAAACAGGACACGAAACACUGUUUUGUUUCGAAAAUUUCUAGAACGUUAGAAAAUGUUUUAUAAGAUUAGCACGUUUUACAUACAAUGCGAGAAGCUAUGUAGCUUGCCUUAUUAGUUAACUUACUAGCUCGAACACCCAAUAGCCGUAUUCGUAGUGGAUAUUCCAUCCUCAAUAAUCUCAGAGCUUCGCAGAAAAGAUCUGUAUCGUUGAAUAUGUAUUCUCGGCUUGAAGCUUACUUUCUAGGAGACCUCCAGAAGCAAUAGCGUUCGAAAAUGUUAUUUCACAACCAAUGCUUUUUCUAUAGCUGUCACCAAAAUCCUGGACAAUAGUGGACCCAAUCCCUAAGCUGCAUUGUAUUAAAUUCUGAAAGGUUUUUUCUCUAAAGAUGUAUGACAAAAGAGUUCUAUUAUUUAAUAUGUCUCCACAGGUUUCGAUAUCUAGCCCGAGAAGCUCCUGUUCCAAUACUCUGCCUAUUCCAUUGAUCUUGUUAGGUUAGUAAUUAGUUAUAGAAAGGUCUUAAUUUAUUUCCUUACUCUCCUUGUUGGCAAUUUUGACAUAAAUUUUUCAAUCACUUCUGCUUCAAUUGGAACCAGAUAUUGAUCAUUCGGCUUCUUCAUGUUGCUAGCAAUUUUUGCCAAUAACUUAUUAGCAGCGAUUCCACAGCUGAUGCUGACACCAGUAAUUUUCAGGACCUUAUUUCUUAUUUCCAUAAUGACUUGCUGCAUGGUAUCCUCAUCUUUAUUAAGUUUAUUUCGAUUCAUAUACGGAGUCAAAUUCAUAUACACUUCAUCAAUACUAGCUGGACAAAGAUUCUGGUCAUAUUCCAGAAGUAAAUUCUGUAUUUCCUUUGAUUUAACUGCAUACUCUGGAAUGUCUAAAGGAAGAACGACUAGCUCUGGACAUAGCUUCUUUGCAAUAAACUCUGGCAUUGCUGAUCGAACGCCAAACUUUCUAGCCAUGUAGUUCGCAGUACCUAUGUAAUUAGCUUGUUGCUUUAAUUCGCUUUCCUAAAAUAAGCCUUACAUAAAACACCUUUACCAACGGCCAUUGGGAUGUUCUUUAGUUUUUCAUUUCUCAGUUCUUCAACAGACGCGUAAAAUGCGUCACAGUCCACAUGUACAAUAACUUGACUUAAGUCACGACAAGAUUGGAGCUCUUGCAUAUAGGUGUCAAUCUGAUCAGUCCGUUCAGCCCAUUCUUUUUGAAAAGCAUUAUUGUGUUCAAGUUUACGGUAAUAUUCUUUUACCUCCUGUCGUACACGCUCAAUUCUCAUUCGAAGUUCAAGAUCUCGUUUCUGUUCUGCCUCAAAAUAUUUACUCCCUUUGGAUGCCUCAUAAAUAAUCUCAUUAAUCCUUUCUUGAUCCACACUCUCUUGACCAGACUUUAGAACUGAAGGUCCAGCCAAGCGCCGUUUUAAUGUAGCUUCAUAAUCCAAUUCAUCC